AUGGUAUUAGCAUCAAUUACAUGUUCAGCACCAGUAAAUAUUGCUGUUAUCAAAUAUUGGGGUAAAAGAGAUGAAAAAUUAAUUUUACCACUCAACUCAUCACUCAGUGGUACUCUUCACCAAGACGAUUUAAAAACCACUACUACCAUCGUUGCAUCAGAAGAUUAUACUGAAGAUGCUAUUUGGUUAAACGGCAAAAAAGAAGAUAUUAAUGCCACUAGAUACCAAAACGUUUUAAAAGCAAUUCGUUCAAGAGCCACUAAAUUACAAGAUAAAAAACAUUGUGUUCACAUUGUUUCAAUUAAUAAUUUCCCAACAGCAGCAGGUUUAGCAUCAUCAGCAAGUGGAUAUUGUUGUUUAGUAUAUACAUUAGCACAAAUUUAUGGUGUAGAUGGUGAUAUUUCGGGCAUUGCUCGUAUUGGUUCAGGUAGCGCCUGUAGAUCAAUGUAUGGUGGUUUUGUUAAAUGGGAAAUGGGUGAAAAAGAAGAUGGUUCUGAUAGUAUUGCUGUUCAAGUUCAACCAGAAUCACACUGGCCAGAAAUGAACAUCAUUGUCCUCGUUGUUAACGAUAAAAAGAAGGAAACCAGUAGUACUGAUGGUAUGCAAAAAUCAGCCGCUACCAGCCCAAUGAUGAAAGAACGUUGUGCUGUUACCGUUCCAACUAGAAUGAGAGAUAUCGAAGAAGCAAUUAAAAAUAAAGAUUUCCAAACAUUUGGUGAUAUCACAAUGAAAGAUAGUGAUGAUUUCCAUGAAGUUUGUGCCACAACCACCCCAGCAAUCUAUUAUCUCAAUGAUACCUCCCGUUACAUUAUGAACCUUAUUCAUCGUUACAAUAAACUUUCAGGUUCAGUCAAAUGUGCCUACACUUUUGAUGCUGGUCCAAACGCUUGCAUUUACUUACCAGAAGAAAAUGUUGUCGAAGUCCUUUCUCUCUUUAUUAAACAUUUCCCAGACCAAGAUCUCUCAACUUAUUAUCGUGGUCCAAAAGAAAAUGUUGAAAAAAUUCAAUCCUACAAACCAAAUGAAAAGCUUCAAUCACUCUUCACUCCAGAAACUACUUUUGCAAGUUCACUCAAAUAUAUCCUUCAUACUAAAGUUGGUCCAGGUCCACAAAUUUUAUCUGAAUCCGAAUCAUUAAUCGAUAACAAUACUGGCUUACCAAAAUAA